ACAAAGGAAGAACGGCAGAAAAGCGGGAACCUACCCUCACAUCGGUCAAAGAAAUAAGAGUGAAGGACAAAGCAAUGGCAAUAGAGAAACCACUAUUCAUGAAGAUACUUUCAAGGACGGAUAUCAAGGUGCGGUUGUCUGUUCCAACUAAGAAGAAAAGAUGUUUCCUGAAUUUCCAAAACCGGCAUAAGGUGGAGUUUAAGGUGAAGGACGACAAUGGGAAAGACUGGGUGUUUUGUUGUUCAAUAAGGAAGAAGAAAGGCUAUCGGAAGCCGGUUCUCAGUAAAGGAUGGCUUCCAUUUGUGCGGUGUUGGAAGCUGGAAAUCGGUGAUGGAGUGAGAGUUUAUAGGAUGAUGGAUAAAGAUGGUAAGGAGUACUAUAGAAUUGAAGUGAUCAAGAGAAGAGAUUCACCUUUAAUUCGGAACCACGAUGCCGAAGAACCAUCAGCCUUGGCGGUAGCAAGCUACGGUGAUGUUGAAGAGGAAGCAUAUGAAGUUGGAGGUGAGUUCUUGAUGAAUGCUUGAGUUGAAUUGAUAUGAGUUGGAUUGAAUAUUGAAGCAAGGACUAAAUUGAAUAAAAUAAAAAUUUUAUGACUUAAAUUGAUAUGUGAAAUUGGUAUGAACUUGAGUUGGUAUAUAUAUGUCACGUAUUGAAUUGAUAAGUUGAUGAUGAAAAUUUGAAAUAAAUAAGCUUGAUUUGAAUUGUAUAUUAAAAUUAUCCUAUUAGUUGUCGGACCGAGUCGAAUAUAAUUGACAUAUUAUAGAAUUAAAUUAUUAAUUGAAAAUUAUUGUUGCCGGAUAA